CUCAAAUCCAAAGGUUGGUACGUAAAAAAAUUUAAACCGCUAGAUCGAGUAACAGCAGAUUUGUUUGUUGUGGGCCGAAACGAAACUUUUGCCCGUCCUCUAUGAUCCGUUGGGCUAGACUACCUGACGGCGGCAAAACUCAUGGGCCAGGGAUUUGAGACAUCUUCAAUGCGAAGGAUUUUGGCCUUUCCGGUUUUCAGCCUCCACGUAUCGCGGAUAGGGCGAAAGGCCAACCCACUCGAACCGAGUGGUGGCUAACAAACAAACGAAAACAAAGUCAAAGCAACUGACCAGAUCCCCAAUGGCCGCUGCUAACUCCACCGAAGACGCCGAAAUUCCUCAUCCACUCCUAAACCCCGGCGGCCAUGGCAGCAUUGCCGUCUCUCGUCGUCCUCCUCCUACUUCUCCAUCCAGCGGCUGCCCCUGCUGCUCGCGCGCCGCCGCCUUCGAAGCCCCCUCCGCCGCAGCCGAAUCAGAAGGUGUUCGUGUGGCCCAAGCCGACGUCCAUCUCAUGGCCGUCCGUCGUGUACGCGCCGCUGGCCCCGUCCUUCAGCAUCCGCGCGGUGCCGUCCCACCCGUCGCUCCGCCACGCCAUCGGCUACUACAGCCGCCUCAUCCGCUCCGAGCGCCACAUGCCCCUGGUUCCCCCUGCCAACUACACGCUCGCCCGCGUCCCCGUCCGCCUCCUCGCGCUCUCCGUCUCCGACACGGAGGUACCGCUCGGCCCCGCCGUCGACGAGUCCUACACGCUCUCCGUGCCCCUCGACUCCGCCUCCGCCGACAUCUCCGCGGCCACCACCUGGGGCGCCAUCCGCGGCCUCGAGACCUUCUCCCAGCUCGCAUGGGCCGGCGGCGGACCCGCCGCGGCCGGCCAGCCGAUUGUCCCUAGCGGCAUCGAGAUCUCCGAUCGACCCCACUUCACCCACCGCGGCAUCCUUCUCGACACCGCCCGCAACUACUACCCGGUCCGGGACAUCCUCCACACCAUUCGCGCCAUGGCCUUCAACAAGCUCAACGUCUUCCACUGGCACAUCACGGACUCCCAGUCCUUCCCCAUCGUGCUCCCCACUGUCCCUAACCUCGCCCACCACGGCUCCUACUCCCCCGCCAUGCGCUACACCGACAAGGACGUCCACCGCAUCGUUAACUAUGCCGCCGCCUUCGGCGUCCGCGUCAUCCCCGAGAUCGACAUGCCUGGGCACGCGGGUUCAUGGGCAGGAGCGUACCCGGACAUCGUCACCUGCGCGAACAAAUUCUGGGCGCCCACGGCAAUGCCCGCGCUGGCGGCGGAGCCCUGCACGGGGCAGCUGAACCCGCUGAACCCCAAGGCGUACCGCGUCGCGCAGGACGUUCUGCGCGACCUGUCGGCCUUGUUCCCGGACCCGUUCCUCCACGGGGGCGCCGACGAGGUGAACACGGCAUGUUGGGAAGACGACCCCGUGGUGCGCCGGUUCCUCCAGGAAGGCGGCACACACGACCACCUCCUGGAGCUGUUCGUGAACGCGACACGACCGUUCAUGGUGCAUGAGCUGAACCGCACGGUGGUGUACUGGGAGGACGUCCUCCUGGGGCCCAAGGUAAUGGUCGGGCCGACGGUGCUGCCCAGGGAGACCACCGUGCUGCAGACGUGGAACAACGGCGCGGAGAACACCAAGCGGAUCGUGGCCGCCGGGUACCGCGCCAUCGUGUCCUCGGCGGCGUACUACUACCUGGACUGCGGGCACGGCGGGUGGGUCGGCAACGACAGCCGGUACGACAAGCAGGAGAAGGAGAGCGAAGGCAUGCCGCUCUUCAACGACCCCGGCGGCAACGGCGGGUCGUGGUGCGCGCCGUUCAAGACGUGGCAGCGGCUGUACGACUACGACAUCCUGCACGGGCUGACGGAGGAGGAGGCCACGCUGGUGCUGGGCGGGGAGGUGGCGCUGUGGUCGGAGCAGUCGGACGCCGCCGUGCUGGACGGCAGGCUGUGGCCGAGGGCCGCCGCCGCCGCGGAGACGCUCUGGUCCGGGAACAAGGGCGCCAGCGGGAGGAAGCGCUAUGCCAACGCCACGGACCGUCUCAACGACUGGAGACACCGGAUGGUGGCGCGCGGCAUCCGCGCCGAGCCGCUCCAGCCGCUGUGGUGCCCGCUGCACCCUGGCAUGUGCAACCUUUCGCAGUAGCACGCCCUGGAAGCCUCGAGCUGCUUUGCUGCCUGCAGCCUGCUGCAGUAUGCCUGGGAAGGAAUGUUCUUCACAAGCCGAACUGGCACAGAGACAGAAAUUUUGGAAGGUGGAAGGAUUUGCAUAGUGAUUACUCGUUGAGCAGAAUAAACAAGGCCUCGUACACCAAUCAACCUUUUUGUUUUGCUUCCAUUUUUAGAAGGAACCUCUCGUUGUUCAACAGUCUCCGGGGUCUUUGGGUAGGAAUAUCAGAGUCCCUUCUGUGCGUGGUUGCUGUAUUUCACACUGAACAGAUUUUGCAUCGACUUUUUUUCUUGUUCAGAACAACAAUCUGUCUUCAUUUAACACGAGCAGAUAUAAUCAUAGACUAUUCGACUA